AUGUUGCUGCUCACAGCGUUGGCACUUGGAUCCUUCUUGACAGAAAGCUUUGCUUGGACGACGCCGGAGCCUCUUCCGGCUUUCAACUAUCCGGAGAUAAUUCCUGCUCUACAGUCGCAUCAGAAUGCGUGGGAGUUUGUUACGAGCAAUGAAACUUUGGUGAUGAGGUACAGAAACUUCAACACCGACGAACAAGGACUGAAUAACAGGGGUUGCGUUACUGUGAAUAAGAUUCAACAAGAUGAUUCAAAACAUACCGUGAUUCAUCGCAUCACGUCUUAUGACAAAACGAGUCAGAAAACAUUUUUCUUCAACAAAUCUUAUGCUGUCGUCCCGUCAACAGGAUACAGCACGAGAAACGUCAUGAUGACGAGAGUCUUGGACGAAACCUUUUAUUAUACAUUCUUAUUUGCUGACAAAGACUGCGCUGUCGUACGGAAGCAUAACUGGAGUAACGGCAAGUAUUGCAGCUUUCCGUGUAUCGUUUUCACCUUUAUUUGCGGUGUUAAAGGAACCUGUACAAUGUACACAGAGAUAUAA